AUGGAAGGUACAGUUCUACAUUGCUGCAUAGCUGUCAUUCAGUCGUCAUCGAGAUGGCUAUCGUCACCGAUGCCCGACACAAUUAUUCCAUAUCCAUUUACAUUAUAUCCUAGUCCAUUUCCAUAUCAUGAGUAUGAAAAUGCUUGUCGAAUGCAAUAUGGGAUUAAUAAACUUAUUUAUCGUUUGGCAUCGAAUAUUGAUUUACUUGAUUCUGUUCUUUUAGGACUUGUUGAUUGUGAUGAUUUUGUUCGUAAACUACAAGAUAUUUCUCAGCAAAUACAAAAUUUACCUUAUAAAAGUGUUGCUGAAGGAUGCAUUAUUAGAACAGAUUACAUGUUACAAACGAAUGUUAAUGAAGAACAUUUUCACAAAACUCGCCUUCGUUUAAUCGAAAUAAAUACAAUUGCUGUGGGCCUGGGAGGUGCUGCGAAACUUAUGAGUCAAUGGCAUAACCAAUUUAUAUCUGAUAUUGAUCCAACGUUGUCUGCUAACUUACCAUCCAAUGAAUCACACGAUUUGAUCAUUAAUUUAAUAUAUGAAUCAUGGAAAAUCUACGAUAAUGUACGAGCAAUUAUAUUAUUUGUUAUUCCAGCACGAGAAUUUAAUAUUGGUGAUCAAAUAUUAAUUGAAAAUGGUUUAAUGUCUUUAAAUGAAAAUAUAUUUGUCAAACAUGUGACAUUUAAAGAAAUUAAUCAACAUGCUUCUAUUGAUCAAAGUGGCAAUUUAUAUUUUAUGACAUUAGAGGUGGCAGUUGUUUAUUAUCGUCAUGGAUACGAUCCACGACAUUUUGAAAAUGAAACAAUUUGGCAAUCUUAUCUACUUUUAGAAUCAUCUCGUUCUAUUAAAAUUCCCAGUAUACGUUAUCAUUUGGCUGGAAUGAAAUGUUUCCAGAUGAAAUUAAAUUUCACAGACUUUUUAGAAAAAGUUUAUGAACACGACCAGCAGUCGUAUUAUGAUGAUUAUCGAUCGGUUACUGAGGAAUCAUUUACAAUUGAACAGGCUGCUACUACUGAUUAUUUAAGAAAUAAAAUUCAUGUCGAUCCUGAAGGAUUUUAUUUGAAACAAAAUCGUGAAGGUGGUGGAUCAGUUUAUUGUGGAAAAUUGUUAAAUGAUCGAAUAUCAGAAAUUAUGGAAGCAAAACAAAACCAACGUUAUUUCGUAAUGAAACGAAUUAUACCUCCACAAUAUACGAAUAUAAUUCGAAGUUCAAAUGGAGAAUUAAAAGAAUGUUUGACUAAUAGUGAGCUAGGAAUAUUUGGUGCUGUAAUUAGUCAAGGUUCAAAUAUAUUAUACAGUAAAUGUGGUGGAUCAUUACUACGUUCAAAACCUUGUGAAAAAAUUGAAGGCGGUAUAGCAAGUGGUGCUGGUGCAAUUGAUUCUGUCAUUUUAAUAAAAGACUAG